UCAGUUAAUUUGCUUAUUACUUCAUUAACCCAUUUCUAAUAUUCAAUACUCAUACUUGACUGAGAUCUCAAGAUCAUAUAAUUAGUCAUUUCCUCCACCCUUAGAUUAUACAACUCAAUUCAUAUUCAAGAAUACACACAUUACAGUACAAAUGUUGAGACUAAUACCUAAACCACAACAGUCAUACUCCUGUUUUGUCAGAAGAAUAUCUGAUUCAUCCAAGUCUACAAGACGAUUCAUGCAAACAGCCCCAUUAGCAAAUAAUGAAGUGUCAUAUAUUCCAUACAAAUUCCAAAAUCGCCAACAAUCUCAACAAGCUUCAAGUGAACAGCAUUCACAAUCUCAGCCACCCUCAGGAUGGGAAAGACACUCAUUAACUUCAAGAAGUUUCAAAGAUAUACUGAAAAAGAACCCUCAAAAGCAACCUACAUCGCCUGUUGAAAAGGAACAACAACAAGAGAAACAAGUCAAAGAACACGGAAAACAAGCUGAGGCGGCGACAACACCUGCAGCUAAACCAAAGAAAAGAGUAAGAAGAACAUUGAAGCCACGUAAGGCGCUUAUCACAUUAUCACCAACCGCCAUUCAACAUUUGAAGGGUUUAUUAGACCAACCGGAACCAAAACUAAUUAGAAUUGGUGUAAGAAACCGUGGUUGUUCAGGCUUAACUUAUCAUCUGGAAUACAUCACAGAACCAAACAAAUUUGAUGAAAUUGUUGAACAAGAUGGUGUUAAAGUUGUUAUUGAUUCAAAAGCUUUAUUCUCCAUUGUCGGUUCAGAAAUGGAUUGGUUAGAUGAUAAGAUUAGUUCAAGAUUUAUCUUCAAGAACCCAAAUUCAAAAGGUACCUGUGGUUGUGGUGAAUCAUUCAUGGUGUAAUGAAUGUCGAGUUUUCUUCAAUUCUCAGUUUUAUGUUGCAUAUAUUGCUUUGACUUUUUUGUUAUACAUUCUCAU